AUGGAGGACCUGGAGAGAGUCUUCAACCAUGUUGUCCUGCCUCCCAAGCUCCCAGAGGAGCACGAUCCUGACAUACCCUUCCUGGAACACGCUUUGCUCCAGCGUUUGAUGGAUGCCGCCAAAAUGCUUCACGAAACCACGAACCAUAGCUUCGAUGGCGGUUGGACUGUUCUCCGAAGCUGUCUUCAGUCUACUCGCAUCCUGAACAGCGAGACGCUCGACAGACUGACUUUAAAAGUCUCAUUCCAGGCUUUGCUUCAAGAACACAACCGUGUCUUGGUCUGUCAUGUCGUCGAACAGAAUGCAGCCCUUCUUUUGCAUCGCCGUACAGAUGCCAACAACAAUGACCUUGUCGUGUUUGAGGCCUUUGAAGCAUCGCCGCAGUCGCAGGACGUCCUGGCUGCUCCCAAUGCCCUCCGUUGGGAGUUUCCUUCGCGUGCAGCACAGAUCCCGAUUGCCGACUUUGAGAACGAAGGCUUCCAAUCUGCACUUGCAUCUUUCCUCGACAAGGCUAGUUCCGAACAGCUUUCUCAUCUUGCCGCCAAGGCCUCGAAAGAUGGCGUCUCUUUCAGCGAGAUUCGAAAUCCGGGAAGCCCGGCGCUGAUCACACAUAUGCUCAUCACUGUCAUCGAAGCCAUGGGAAGCGUAUCCGACGUCGAACACCUGAACAAACGCGUCCGUGAUGAUGUCCAUCUCAAAAAGGGAAACAUUCCCUGGCGCCGCCUCCCGUUUUGGCUCGUACUUCGUGUUGCUGCGCAACGCCAACUUCAUCUUGCAUUUGGUCCUAUCACUGGACAAGCCGCUUACAAAACUCUUCUCAGUGCGCUUCUGGCGAAGUUGCUGGACGACUAUGUUGAGAAUAGCAUGGAUCCCAGCCAGAUAAUUCUGUUGAAGAAAAAGCUGUGCCGGAGACUGGCCAAGCUUCAACGCCCAAGUACACAAAGAUUCGAAGGUGUUCAUCAGCUUCUCAAGGACACCGAAGCAAUGUUUCAAAGCUCCAUCGAGAACGCAGAUAGACACGUCAAUGCUGUUUUUGCCUAUUUCAAGGCAUCCGCCAUCCGGAAGAUCCCCCUCUUGCCUGCACGUAUUAAAGAUGGGGCUAGCGAGCUUCGCUUGUCUUUGCCCAGCAGCCAGGCGUAUCUCAGACUACUGCAGUCGUCACACCGAGCGGCAACUUGGGCUGCACCGCAGUACACUGUCAAAACCGGCGUUCGCCGCUCGCUUAUGGACCAGAGUGAUGACAGCGGCAUACUCAAGAUGCAGCGGUUUGGCCAGAAAUACCGAUCCGUCGAGACGGCUAUGGACUUGGCCGGACGCCGUGCAGCCCAGUUCUGGACAAACCAAUCUCUGACCGAAGAAUACACCCAGAACACUGCCACCAAAGAGUGUCUCGCAUUAUCGGCAGUCCUCGAAUCCUUGAUGAGUGACAUUUCUACGUUGAACGACACCAACCCAGAGCACUGUAGUGCCUUUCUUCUGAGCAUUUUCGACUUGUGGGCAGCGAUGGAUGCAGCUGCUGCUCUCGCCUGCCCAAUGUUGCUAGACUAUUCUCCUGCUUUCCGAGCAGAACUCCUCGACGUGCUUCAGUUGCCAAGCCUCAAAGAUAUGCAACGCCUUCGUCGUAUCCAGGUAUACCUACGCGAUCGACAGGAAAUGAGCAAGCAUCAAGAUACGACCAUUUUUGGGCUGCUCGGUGACCGCUGCUUUGGUGCAGACUUUACGGAAAGAUCCAUGGAACUGCGCGUCUUACGUGAGCGCAUCAAUGAUCUGGAGUGGAGGAACCGUGAACAAAAGAAAAAGGACUGGGAGCAGGAGUGUGAAGAGUUGUCGCACCCGCCGACCCAACCAGAUGGUCCAUCGUCGUACACAGCUGUUUCGAACCGCCCCAAGUGCCCAACUGGAAUGUCAGUUCACGAGUUUGAGGCCUACCAGCGCCUGCUGUCUGGAAGAGAGCGUCGGUGGCUGACCAUGCUGGUCGAACUGGGAUCCUCCAAUUUGAACUUCAGUAAAGUGGACACAAUGCUGCUCAUGUCCCAUUUGGCGAACCAGGCGGGACCCAUGAUGAGCGUGUCUUGUGCAGAGGACACGAGUCAUGAUACCGCUCUAGGCGUAUGCCAUGCGGUGUUUUCUGACAUGAGCUUUGUGCAAAGACUCACAGAAGAAAUUGGCAAGCGGCUGAGCAUAAUUCGAGGCAACUGGCAUGAAAUCAACAUGAUGGAGCUUCUGAUAACGUUGAGUUCGCGCUUAUACUCUCUGGUACGGAAUACUGCAGAACGACAAAAGGUUCUGAAUCUCAUUGAACUAGCUCGAGAGACGACCCUGGGCUGGAUUCAUAUACUGCAAAAUGAAGUCGCUCAUGCCAAUGAGGGCAGUGUUGCUCAGCAAGCUUCCAUGUACGCAUUCAAGGCAGCAUUACUUUGCCGUCGCACAAUGGUCAUUUUCAGCGAAGGCGGCACGAAGUCUUUGUCUCCAUCGGACAUUUCCAGCUACAUCCGAGCCUCCGUGGCCUUGCAGCAGAAUUUUGUCGUGGAUCUCGAAACUUUGAGCGAGGUUGACAAAGCAAUGCUGCAGCGUGACUUUUCCAUGGCCACCCUCUUGCAGGACAAGAUACGCACUGCGAUCAGCUCCAAUCCGGACAUCGUGACCAUGGCAAUAGCACAUGGUGUUGGAAUGAUGGGCGAACACGAGACCGUCACAGUUGGAACUGAAGGAACGACUGCCGACCUGAAAUACACGUGUUGGGAGUUUCUCCCGAGUCCAAAUGGGGGAUGGAUAUCUUCAGAAUUGUCCAGAGGCCCGGCCAGCAGAUUUCAACGCAUAGACUUCCACUACAUCGAAGGCCAUAUUUUGGUGGACGGAAAGACUAUUGCGAAACUGCCACAAGAAAUUCGUGACUCGGAAGAUGUCAAAGAGCUGUUCGAAAAUCAACAUCUGCUCACCCUUCCUUCGAGUCUCCCCGGCAUGACUCACCGCCUGACAAGAGACUAUAAGGGGCACUAUGUUCACUUCGGGAUGAGAAACAAACGUGUGGUCAUAUUGACGAAUAGCAAGCAUGGAGAGUGGGAAUUUGUGCCGCGGCGCAUCUUCAUUGACGAAGGGAACACUUACGACUUGCCGCGGAGUCUGGUCGACAACUGUGUGCACUGGUACAACAUACAGAACAGAACAGUCGACUUUCGUCGCAAAAGCGACAUCUGGUUUACGAGGAAACAAUUUUGGUUUCUUGACAUCACCAAUCAGCAAAUGUACAAACCUAACAAUAGCACUCUUGUGGAUCCGCACUCGCAGCUUUGCAAGAGGAUUGCCUCCAUUUUCAACGGUUUCGCAGAUCCCCAACGUCUCACAGUGCUCCAGCCACGGAAGAGCCCACUCUCAGUAGAGUUGCGCCACCUUGAUCUAUCAUUCUUCGUCAACGGUAGCGGCAUGUUGCAUUGCAAGGAGCUUUCCUCGGAGAUCGACCCCAAUCAGGAUGCAGGAACUCUGUACGGCUAUGAGAGCAUGAUUGUACUGCGGGAUGUGUAUGACCACAGGCGAAGAAGUCUGAUCUUGCCGCUGGGAAGCUUGCGUUGGAAGCGCACAGGACCGCAUGUUUCCGUUCAAACGGACAUUGGCGAGCUACCGCGCGGCAGAGGCGUUGGUCCAAGAGCUCCGCAUUCUGCGGACAGCACUUACGCACGCUUUGGUAUUGACACCAUCCUUGGCCGUCUGACAUGUCCCCCGGAACUACUCCUGCUUUACACGAAAGCGCGGCUCCAUGCGGUCACGUCUUUUCCGUUGGCUGAUCCCCUGACAGGCCGGACAGGUGAUGAAGAGGCAGUGCAGACGCUCACAUCGGGUCGCUGCCAACCGUGGGUGCCUCUGGGCUAUGGUCCGGCCGAUAUACUGCAACAAAUCAAGAUUCUGUCGCCCAAGCGUCUAUUCUACCCGAAAAACAUGCGGAUACUGCAGCAAGUCAGCUGGGACGCCAACUUGCCGACACACGUGCAACACGAUCACUAUGGGCGGCUCGUUCAGGAACUGUUUUCUAAAUCAAAGAAUCUCAGUCAUUUCAACGAGAGUGCGGCUAUGGCUAGCAAUGGCGACGAUGAAUCUAAUGAGUCCACCGACAAGACAGGUGUUGAAGACGACCACUCGAGCGCGUUGGGGAUGCGGAGUGAAAUCCAGCGUCUGCGCUACGAGAGCCCACAGACAGGAGAUUUGGUUUCUUUGGACACGGAAAACAAUGACAGGCAGUACAACUCUCUUGGGCGCAUGUCAGGACCUUUUCCCAACGCAGAGAAAAAGGAUGCUUUCAACACCUCAUCGGUCUUUCAGAUCACCAAACUGCUGCGCGAGGAGGCACGCGAAAUUCCCAUGGCACGGCUUAUGUCUAAACUCAUGAGCAGCUGGACUCUGAUGGGCGGGUUCGACACGGCGCUGGAGACUGACUUGGUGACUCUCAGCACGUUGAUGAGCACCCUGACGAUGAGCGAGCGCUGGGGUCCUCUCGUGGAGCUGUGUCGCCGUGCAACAUGGUCCAAUGCGGCCGAGAUCAUGUUCACACUUGCCAUCAUUGCUUUCUCGCCAGGCAUAGACAUGGAUUACGUGCAUCUUCUGGCAGCAUACUCCUACUUGCCUAGACUCAAAGUUCUCACGCCACCCCAGCAUGCGUCAUACGACCGGUUUCGCUUCGAGGAGAAGCCGACGGCCGAGACACUGAAGGUCCUCAUUUCUUCGGCUUACCGUGAGUAUCAAACGAACAAGGGGGGUUCAGUGGGAUGGAGCUCCGCACUCGCCGAAUACAGGAAGAAGUGUGCAGAUUAUCAGGCCGAAUGCGAAAAGGAAGGAACCGAAUUGGCACACAAACUUUUGCAGCAAUGGCCAAUAUACAGUGAGCCGUCGGCUAUGGGGUUCUCGUCCAAGAAGAUCGACGUGGCCCUGGCCCUGUCCACGAUCACACCGGAAUGGAAGCGUCUUAUUCAGAACAAGGAUCUUACGGACUACGUGAGAAAUAUCCAGAUGGCACUGAUGCCGCACAGGACAAUCCGAAAAGAGGGUCUGCGACUGAGAAACGUCACGGAAUCUGCUGUCACUUGUGGAGGUCUUGUUCCAGCUCGCCUCACCGUUGUGCCAUCACUUUAUCAACAUCUCCUGCAAAGGAAUAUGCCACCACAGCAAGAGCAAUACCCGGCAAUGGGAGCAAAUCCGCUUACAAUCCUGGCACGCAGAUCUGAGUUUGCUCCUAUGCCUGUGAGCUCUCUCCAAUCGGAAUUGGUGGAACUGGGGCGAAUCGUGUCUUCCUUUACGAGAUGCCCAUCUUUACUGCGAAAAGACUAUGCGAGAGAUCUGAGUGAGAGCAUAGGAGCCCUGGCGCGUGUCGCUGGAAAGGAUGCGGAGGGGGGCGCAUCGUCGAAUGAGAUUCUUCCAGGAGAAGCCGAAAUCGACAGCUACAUUCAGUAUGCAACCGCCUGGUGCGACGCAGUCUUGAGACACAUUCGUGGCCACCUUUCAAGCGGUGGCAAAGCGUCCGGCUUACUCCAAAAGGCCGACCUGUGGCCGCGGCUGACACCGGUGUCGAUCCUCGAGCUUCUUCGGUCGACCUCCGAGUGUCGGUAUGGAGACAACGUCCGGGAAACGCUGGUCACGUAUGGAUGUGCUGUGGCAGCGUUGCAACGGCUUCAUCGCGUUCGCCGGAUAUUCAAGAAGCACGAUCUCCAGAGGGCUACCGAGGAGUGGCGGAACCGUGGCCACCUAAAUUGGAGCCCGGCAGAGCAGACAGACUGGCUUCUUUUCGAGAUCGACAGCGAUCUGCUGAUUCGGACUGAGCAGGUGGAGGUUGCGCGGGCCAUUAUCGCGCCGGCUUCGGGGAAAAACUCGGUGUUGCAGCUCAACAUGGGCAAGGGCAAGACGUCGUGCAUUGUCCCGAUGGCCAUUGCAUCUCUUGCCAACGGGAAGCAGCUGGCUCGUCUGGUGGUGCCCAAGGCUCUUCUGCUGCCCACCGCGCAGAUGCUGCAGGCACGGCUCGGCGGCCUUGUCGGGCGAGAGCUCCGCCACGUUCCGUUCUCACGGCGCAUUGCAGCAGGCGCAAAUGUCCAAUCCGUGCUGGAGAUCUUCCAAGAACACCACAACGACCUCAUGCGCCGCCGAGGUGUCCUCUUGGCGGCACCAGAGCACAUAUUGGCCUUCAAGCUCAGCGGGCUGCAGUGCCUGGCAGAUGGAAAGAACGCGAUUGCGCGAGACAUGAUCGACUUUCAGCAGAAGCUCGCUGACGAGAUGUGCCGCGACAUUCUGGACGAGUCGGACUUCACGCUGGCUGUGCGCACGCAGCUCGUGUACCCCAGCGGAUCGUUGUCGGCGGUCGAUGCUGCACCACAUCGCUGGAAGAUGGCCCAGAUGCUGCUGGCUAUUGUCGAGGACAAUCUCCCCAGACUAUGCCAACAGUUUGGCAACAGCAUCCGGGUUCUGCAGCGGCCGUUUGGCGGAUUCCCGAUGAUUUACAUUUUACGGACGGACAUUGGGGAAGAGCUGUACCGGUGCAUUGUGCAUGAUAUCAGCAGUGGCCGCGUGUCCUUCUUCCGUCCGACACCCAGCAGCAGCAGGACGAGAAGGGGAAGUCGACAGCAGAUGCCUGUAGCGCCAAAAGAAGUCGCACGCCUCCUCCGGCAAGCUCUCAGUCGCGACGCAGACGACAAGGACAUCAACAAGGCAGCAGCGAUGUUUGCAGAUGUGCGUUCAGCAGCCGACGGGCUCACUCUGAUCCGAGGCCUGCUGCUGAACAACAUUCUUCUGACCUGCCUCGCGAAGCGUUGGAACGUGCAGUACGGGCUGCAUCCACAUCGCUGGCCCAUUGCCGUGCCGUUUGAGGCCAAGGGCGUACCGUCGGAGCGAUCGGAAUUCGGGCAUCCCGACGUGGCGAUUCUGCUGACAUGUCUGGCCUUUUAUUACAUUGGCCUGAACCGGAGCCAAUUCUGUGAAGGGCUGAAACACGUGCUGCAACAUACAGACGACCCUGCCUCGGAGUACGAGCGAUGGACGGCUGGGGCCGUGGGCCUGCCAAGCGAGCUGCAGCACUGGAACAUGAUCAACGUGGACGACUCGGCACAGGUGCAGAAGCUGGGAGGAUACCUGCGUUGGACGCGGCCAGUAAUCGACCACUACCUCAACACGUUUGUGUUUCCUCUGCACUCUCGGCAGUUCUCGGUCAAGUUGCAGGGAUCUGCCUGGGACCUCCCACUCUUCCGGGCCGGGACGGCAACGACGGGCUUCAGCGGGACCAACGACAACAAGAUGAUGCUUCCGCUGACGAUCAAGCAGGAGGAUCUCCCCAGCCUGCGGCAGACCAACGCGGAGGUGCUCACGUACCUCUUGAAGCCGCGCAACCGCAACUACAGGUGCAUGGGUACGGGGACGCAGCGCUGGAGGGAAGAGGAUCUCCUGGCCAGCCUAGUCAAGGAGAGGAUUCAUGUGCUCAUUGACGCCGGGGCGUACAUCUUGGAGAAGGACAACGAGUCUCUCGCACGAGAGUGGCUGGACAAGGAUAUCCACCGGAAUCGACAGAGGUACGAAGACGACGACUACAAUGCGGCCGUGUUCUUCAGCGCAGACAACCGGGCAUGGGUCCUGUCUCGAGAUGCCACAGCCGAGAAGAUGCCGCUGUUGGCAUCGCCGUUUGUAGACCAGCUGGACAAGUGUCUCGUGUACUUUGAUGAAGCCCACACGCGCGGGGUCGAUCUGUUGCUGCCACCGAAGAGUCGGGGAGCACUGACGCUGGCUCUGGGGCAGACCAAGGACCACACGGUGCAAGCAGCAAUGCGGCUACGGCAGCUGGGGACGACGCAGUCGGUGAUAUUUUACGCGCCACCAGAGGUGGACGAGAGCAUCCGCGAAGUGAGCCGAAGCCGGCUGGAGGGUCCAAUGCGAGCAGCGGGAUCCCGGGGACGGAUAGAGUCUCCUCAUGUUAUCUGCUGGCUCUUGGAACAGACGUGUCUGGCCAACGAGCAGCUGCACCCGUUGUAUCUGUCGCACGGUUAUGACUUUUGCCGCCGAGCCAGCGCGCAGUGGAAGUAUGGAUCGAAGCUGGCCGAGGACAGGUCGCGGGCAGCCCUUCUGGACGUGCUGCAGCAGCCAGAGCGACAGACGGUGGCGCAACUGUACGGGAACAGCCCAGAGGUGAGCUGGACGACCAAAGCUGCGAAGACGGCACAGAAACUGGCGUUGCCCGAACUGGAGGCGUUUUCGAUGACGCUGCAGUUGCAGCAACGACAGGACGGCGCGGUGUUGGGCGUGAGCGGUGGAGCAUGGCGGACGCAAGCGCAGACGACAGGGGCGUUUGAAGAAGUCGAGCAGGAGCGCGAGGUCGAGGCACAAGUCGAACAGGUGCGAGCACAGCAGCGACGGGUACAGUUCGAGGCGCUGGUGUUCCCGGGCCAAGUGCACCGCAACAUCCGGGCGUUUGUGCGAACGGGCAUUCUGGGCGGCGACCGAGGCUACAAGCCGGCCUUUGCGAGCAUGGCGCAGACGGAACUGGGCAGCCGCUACGGAGUGCAGGCGCUUUGGCCGACGCGGCUGUUUGUGUCGGACGAGUUUGACCGGACGAUCGUGGAGGAGGGCGGACGAGGAGGCGACGACUUUCUGCGGCCGGUCGAGUGGACGAUCUGGAGCCCGACGACGGAGACGGCGUUGGUGGUGGUGCCGGAGGAGCUGGAGCUGCUGCUGCCGCGAAUUCGCAGCCGCGAGUCCAGGGUGCAUCUGCUGGCGUAUGCAGCGCCCAUCACACGGCCAAUGGCGACGACGUUUAGCGGGCUGCAGUACCUUGCGCUACCGGCGCUGCCAGCGGGCAGUCGGCUGCCGGCCUGGCUGCCGGUCGAGCUGGGCAUCUUGGCUGGUCGGCUGUACAUGACGCUGGACGAGGCCGUCGCAAUGGCAGAGUAUCUGGGGGGCUCGAUGAUGGAGGAUGUAGCUGCUGCUGCAGACGCCAGGACGGAUGCCAAGGAGACCCCGUCGCUCUUCUGUCCGGAUCCGGCCAGCUUCCUGCUCGAGUGGCUGUCGUUGCGACGCGUCGGUCAGGACAUUAUGCACACACCGGCAGCGUAUAUCUGCCAGGGACGCGUCAUCCGGCCAGACCACGCCUUCUUUGCGGGCGCCGGGGACGGUGGCCGCGGCAGUCGGCUGUCAACGUCGUCAGGCGAGUCUGGACGGACGAGCAGCCCGGAUGUGGCGCUGUUUAGCGAAGGCGGAGAGGUGGAGAGCGACAGCAGCGAGAGCGGAGAGAGCGGAGAGAGAGAAAAGGAGUAG